AUUCCCUACUGGUAAGAAAGAGAAGAGGAAAGAAGAAAGAGACGAACAUGGCGACGACGAUUGUGAGAUCAUCCCUCCGAGGGAUUGUUCGAGGAAGCCCUAACCCUAGGUCCCCUGUUUCCAAGAGGAAUUUCGCUUCCUCUUCCCAUCACGACGAUGCACAUGAAGCUGCAAAAUGGGAGAAGAUUACUUAUGUUGCAGCUGCAUCUUGCACCAUCUUCGCUAUAUAUAACCUCUCCAAGGGCCACCCUCAAUAUGAAGAACCUCCUCCAUACCAAUAUCUACACAUUCGCAACAAGGAGUUCCCGUGGGGCCCCGAUGGCCUUUUCGAGAGGAAGCACCACCACUGAUCACAAUUGUUGAAGCUAUAUAUAUAUAUGAUGGAAUAAAAUGCGAUCUUAUAUAUAUACAUAUACAUAUAUGAUCAAUGUUCAAUUU